ACUCCUCGCCGUUCACUCGCACUGCUCUAUAGAACGUCAAACAACGCGCGCGCAUACUAUAACAGUUAAUCCCCCCAAGUGAAGAUAAUAUUUCGUGAUGGAGAAGGAGCACCAACCAGACUCCAUGGCAACCAUCACAAUGAAACCAGAAUACCCACCUUCUGAAUACAGUGCCUCAGAACCACCGCCGGCAUACCGUCAGAGGGUAUCAUCGGCUGUCCAGAUCGCAAGGAUCGCCGCUCUAACAGUGGUGGCCUCGUCCUUUAUUUUGGGAUCCUUCAUCCUCGCGUCGAGUUGGGUUUCGGCGCGCGCCUCAUGUCACCAACUCGAACAGUUGGAUGCUAUGCUAGACAAGGAGUUGGCUUUGGAAGGAAGAUCGUAUGGAAAUGACGCAUUGUUGGCGGACGAACCGUUACCAAUUGGAAAUGCGCACGCCCUGCAUGCACAGAUUCCCUUAACUCUAUCGUCAACAUCAGCACCACCCCUGCAAAACACUGCAGCGCCGUCACCCGACAGCAUCCUUAAAGAAGACCCUCUCAAUCAAGCUGAAUCUAAAUUCGAUGAAGACAAACUACAGAAAAUUGAUGACGACAACUCGAAACCAGAGCCCACAAGCGACGAAAGCUCAGAGUCAGAGAGUUCCGGAGAAGACGAAGAAGAUGACAUCAUCAGACCUCUUUUCAAGUUACCAGUUCAGUUCGACCUUGAUGAGCUUGCAGGAGCCUUCCUUGCUAACAAUAAUCAAAAAGGCCGCAUGAACUGCGUAGUAGAAAGGCGUCGGGAAGAUCCGAUGGAAAGGCGUUUCCCCUUCAACAUUCUCGGAGCCUUCGCCCCCCGCGCCGCUCAGGCCGAGCGUAUUGCUAUUAUUUGCCACGGCGGUGAUGAAAGACCAAUGCCCAUGUUCCCUGAUCCCCAAUCGCAAGUGUUCGCCUUCCCGCUAUCGGGCCCAGUCCGUCUCCCCAUCAGACCUCAGCCAGAGAGGCAACCAAUGCCAGCACCAGCCCCUGAACCCAGAGGACAAUUCGUGCCACUCACUCAAAACCGACCUGGCCCGUUCCCGCUGCCCAUGCCAUGGGAUUCCUCAGAGGAACAGAUGGGUGGACCCAGGGAGAUGCGUAUUCACGUGCAGAGAGUAAUGGCCAUCCCAGCGAACAUGCCCCCGUCUGAGAACAUGGGACCAUUCGCACCCCCUCCACCACCACAGAACCAGGAACAACAUGAGCAACGUAUGUACCCCGAGGAACAAAUGCCCGUACCCCGCGGUAUGCGUGUGAUUGCCGUCCCCGCGCCCCACAACAUGGCCCCCACUGCUGAGGUCAUGGGACAUUUCGCACCUCCACAACAGCAGAAUCAACAACAGGACCAAGAUGAGCAGCCCGCUGUCCUUCAUCAGUUCGUACCUCAAACGGCCCCGACACAAGAAUUAGAACAACCUGAGGUACAGAAAAUGCAAAUGGAAGGCAGCCCAGUACAAAUGAAUCUGCCGUACGACCUCACUCAGGACGACCUCAGAAUGAUCCACCGCACCGCGCAGGACGCCAUCGCCAAUCAGCGCCGCGAACAGCAGAUCGACAACGACAUGCAGGAGCGUCUAUUCCAGGUGAAGACGAUAAUGAACACUUUGGCGGCGGCCGCGGAGGCGGAGGCGGAGGAGCAGCGCGGUGAGGAACAUGAGGACUCGUACGCGCAGGACGCGCACGCACAGGCGCCGCGUGCCCCGCGUACGCUGUUGCUGCCGCAGGACAUGGACGGCAGGCCACAUUACAUGCAACCGCGUUCGGUUCGCAGCGUGGACGCGCUUUUGAACCAAGAGAAGCGCGUGAAGCGAUGCGCCUGCAGCUGCGCCUAACCAACGCGCAUGCGUACACCGUCGUCAGACAUUCCGUCCAUCAUCGCUAAAUUACAAUUUUGUUAUAGUUUUAAAUGGUUUCGGUAACAGUUUGUAAAUAAAGAUGUUGACACACAAACGACCGGUGGUGUUUAAUUUUUAAGAAUUGGCUGUUAAUAAUCUCUAUCGACCAUUCUCAUUCAGUAUUUUAGAAUCGAAUAUUUAUAGAUGUAGUGAUAACUAUAAAUCGUUUUUAAAUAUAAAUAUAGAAUUACUUGUUAUUGUAAUAACUGGGCGUUUAAAUUGUAAAAUAUUUUCAAUUCGCCGGUAUUAGGUAUUUCGUUGUCGUAACCAUGUUAUAAUUAAUUACCUACUUUUGUGAUCCUAAAUUAAAUUUUUAUUAGUUUUAACACUGCUGUGUUUUAAUCAUUUUCCAUAAACCUUUUUUAUCCGAA